UCCACCCGCCGCAUACGGAGUCGGAGAACCCGUGCCUCUUCCGCUCCCCGUUCCCGCAAUAAAGGCCUACCCUACCUGAUUAGCCCGUGCCCUCGCGCGGCAUCACACAGAUUCCCGCGUCCCGCCGUCGGCGACUCGGCGUCCUGCUGAUUGCGUCGCGAGGAGUGCUCGUAGCCGCCCUCCUCUCUCAGAUUCAGUCGCCCAUGGCGAGGAAUCCAGGCCGCACCGUCUUCAUCGGCAACUUGGAUGAAAAAGUAUCUGAAAGAGUCUUGUAUGAGAUUCUUAUUCAGGCAGGCCAUGUAGUAGGCCUACAUGUACCUAGUAAUAAGGAGAGUAACAGUCGCAAAGGUUAUGCUUUUGCUGAGUAUGAAACCGAGGAUAUCGCGCAAUACGCUGUUAGGCUUUUCUCGGGACUUGUUCGGAUCAAUGGUAAAACGCUCAAGUUCGUGAUUGCUGGUCAUGACAAACCGUCUUCAAAUGACAAUAAGUCGGUACUGCUCAAUCAUGUACCCUCUUCAAAUGGCAAUAACCCAGUAAUGCCUAAGCUCAACCCUAUACCGUUGCCAAAACCGACUCAAAUCAUGCGUUGUAGUGAUAUGCCUGUGUCUCAUAUCCCAGCAUAUCCGGUGGUAAACGGGAGGAUUGGAGGUUAUGGUUUUUCUUCCACUCCUUAUCCUAAUGGUUUCCACCCGCAAGCUUUACCGGGUGGACCAGUACACAGCCAUGGCAAGGUUUAGCAACAGUACGUAUGCUUACAAUAGGCAGGAAUUUGGUUCUGUUCUGAACAUUGCGCAGAGAGGUCCUGUUAUGAAUGCCUUUGCCCAUGAGGCUGCGAAUCAGCCAAUCAUGUAUGUUGAGAACGUAGGUGCAGAAGAACGUAGUAUGUUAAGAGUAGGCAGGUUCCACAUAGGUUCUUGACACCUCAAUACCUCGGUAACGUCUAGGUAGGUUGUAGUACCUCCUAGUCUUGCCCAAGCUUGUAAUAUGGUUAUCAAUCCUCUAGAUCUUCAGUAGAACAUUGCAUUAUUCUUGAAGGCAAAAAAAAGUCUUCUUGUGUUCUCCAUUGUCCAUUGUCCCAACCCUGAAGGCAGCAGGUGUUACUUAUACAAAGACAGUGAAGUACACUAUUAUGUU